AUGACCCGCAACCGAUUGCUGUGGCCCGAGGCGACCACAUUGCAGGAACAGGUUCAGGCCCAGCAGGGCAUCGUGCUACCCAAGGCGAUCCUGCAGAGGCCUAAGGUCAACCCUGAGCACCAGAAGGAUAUAGUACGCAGGGAUCGAGAAAUGGAUCGGGAGAUUAACCGACGGGAUCAAGAGAUGCAUAUUCGCAAGAACAGGUUCAAUACCUACCAAGAGAAUACCGAACGAGCUCUAUCCCGCAUGAAACGGGCGCUUGAGGAGGCCCAAAAAGACCCUAAACCGGCUCCAGAGCAAACUUCUAACAGUCCUAAGGCUGCUAAGAAGGACCUUCCAGAGAUUGAUAUCUUUGAGAUCAGCGGCUCUGCCUACCAGCUUUAUCUCGGUAAAUCAGACUGCUUCAUUACUUCGCUGUCGCCGAUUGACAAGAUAAUUGAUGAGAAUACCUACCCUGAGCGCGUACUGGAGGUUGAAAAGUUGAAAGAACAGAUUCCUGAGGCCUACCACGGCUUUGUGGACGUAUUCUUAAAUCCUCUAUAUCGGUACUCUGCAAAGGAGCUGGAAGCAAUCAAGGCCUAUCUAGUAGAGAACCUACAGAAAGACUUUAUCGUUUCCAGUGCUGCCCCGUUCGGCUCUCCCGUACUAAUGGCUGCGAAGCCAGGAGGAGGCCUACGGUUCUGCGUGGACUACCGGAAAUUGAACUCGAUUACGAAAAAGAAUCGCUAUUCUCUACCCCUGAUGGAUGAGCUGCUGGACCGGCUAGGCCGUGCAAAGAUCUUUAUAAAGCUCGACAUCAGGCAGGGCUUCUACCGCAUCCGUAUGUACCCCGAUUCAGUGGAUUUGACUACGUUCCGCACCAAGUACGGGUCCUAUAAAUAUCAAGUCUUGCCUUUUGGCCUGACUAAUGGGCCUGCAGCCUUUCAACAAUUGAUAAAUAAUAUCUUUAUUGACCUGAUUGACAAGUAUGUGGCAGUAUACGUAAACGAUAUCCUGAUAUUCAGUGAGAACGAACUCGAAUACGAGGCUCACGUUCAAGAGGUACUAAAGCGGCUCCGUGCUGCAGGCCUUCAGGCCGCUAUUCACAAGAGGAUUUCCAAGUCACUUUAUGCCUUAACGAAGAAGCUGGCAUCCUUUGAAUGGACCUCUGGCUGCCAGAAAGCCUUCGAGCAGCUAAAGGGGCAUUUGAUUUCGGCAUCUCUCCUGCGGCAUCACGAUCCAACCCUCCCGUCCAGGAUUGAAACAGACGCCUCAGACAGGAUAGUCGCUGGCAUAUUCUUUCAGCUGUUCGAGGGUAGGUGGUACCCGGUUGCCUACUUCUCUAGGUAUAUGCUCGGCGCUGAGCGCAACUACGACAUCCAUGAUAAGGAGCUCUUAGCUAUAGUUCGAGCUCUAGAGCUCUGGAGAACGGAGCUUGAAGGACUUCAGAUCAUUGAACGGAUAGAGAUCUGGACUGAUUACAGGGCCCUUGAAUACUUUAUAAUUACUAAGAAGCUGAAUGGGCGCCAGGCCCGGUGGUCAGAGUUCCUUUCAAGAUUUCAUUUCUUGAUUAAGUUCAGGCCCGGACUGAAGAACACGGCUGCUGACGCCCUAUCUCGACCUGAAGAGAGCCCUCCAGAUCUAGAUACAAAGGAUUAG